AUGCAUCAUCAGUUUUGCUCUCUUGUGCAGCAAGCAGCUGAGCAAAACAACAGAGAACAACAAACACAAGGCCAAAAAGCAGGGAGUGAAGAUUUAUCACUACAGCGAAGUGCAUUGUCACCAAAACCAAGACCCCGUUUGAGCAUAUCCGCCGCAGAAUCAGUGCGUGCAAAUGUGGGACGAGAAGUUUCGCAGCUUGACGGCAAAAGUAGCGAUGCCGAUUCGCACUCGACAGCAGUAAAGAGAUCGCUGUCAAGCACUUCGAAUCCUAAUCUCUUAUCCUUUCCAUCGGUGAGGGAAAAAUCGGCAAUACUGUCGGAUACUUCGACACUUCGCAUGGCUGUGGACAGUCGACAGGAUGUUGCAAAUACCGCUGAGAGAAGUGGAAGGGAGGAAACGGUUGGUUCGUCGACUGAGAAUCAAAAACAAGAAAGUGCCUCUUGUGGAAUUGAGGAUCCCAAAUGCACUCUUUUAUCGAGUACUGUACUCGAUAAUCGGCAAAUACCUCCGAUGGCAGAUGGAAGUCCAGUUACUGUUCGAGAGCAAAUAGCUGACAACACCGCAUUUGGGAGCAGCGUUCAAAGCUCUAAGAUCCCAUUCGGCAGUCAGAAUAAAGACACCAAACCCUUGACUCCUUUGACGGAUCGACGUUUCUCUGAACCAAUAACUCGGCGGAAUAUUCCGGAUUAUGAGAUUUUACGCGAACAAAUUGAUCAGUUCGAUAAGACCACAAUCAUGCAGCAGGAGUCAGCAGUAGAGAAAAACCGGCAAGCAACCUCUGAGGUCAAGCAUGAUUGUCUUGAUUCUUCUUCACCUUCUGGAUCUCGAGUUACAACAUCGAAAUCCAUGCAACCUUCUGAGAUUUGCUCACCAGAAAAAAUGGAUGUCUUAGUAUCGACAGCAAAAUACGAAGGACCAUUGUGUGCGCUAUCAAGAACGCCAGAGGUUGAAGAAUCCCAUCAGGCGCCUGCAAAUAGCGGCAAGUGCUCAAAUGAUGUGUCUGAAUCUGCGUUAGGUGGUUCUGUGCUCGGAUGCCGCACUAUUCAAUCUGAACCUUCUGAAAAUCUAAGGGCUGAAGAGCUGAACUCAAACAAUUUUCUCAAAAACAGUGUUGAACAAACGGCGCCAAUAGAUGAAAGGCGAGAUUCUGCAUCAAUGCAGUCAGUGGAGUCGUCGCAAAUCGCUGCUACAUGCACUACUAUCUCGAAUGCUUCCAAUGAUGUCUGUAAUCAAUCCACUUCUCCCACAACAAAAUAUGUCCCAGUUACCGAUAAUUUCAUCAUGCCAUUUGUGUAUGACGUCCCAAAAUCGACAGAAACGCAACUUGAACAAGUACGAAGUGUUUGUGAGAACGAUCAAGAGCUGGAAACGACCACCGCAAUUCUUGAAGCUGCAUCCCCCCGGCGAACAAACGAGUCCACCGGU